UUUCAAACCCUCUAUUCUGGUUCUGAUUUCUGAAAAAGUUAUACUGAAUUUUGGAAGUUAGAGUAGCUAUUUAGUUGGAUUAAAUAUUUAGAUUGUGAUAGAAACAAAUAAAAAUGGCGCAUACGAUUUUGUUAGUACAACCGGGUAUGAAUCCAGAAACUCGUACCUAUUCUGAUUAUGAAUCAGUUAACGAAUGUAUGGAGGGAGUCUGCAGAAUAUACGAAGAACACUUAAAAAAGCGUAAUCCGAACACACCUACUAUUACCUAUGAUAUUUCCCAACUGUUUGAUUUUGUAGACCAGCUUUCAGAUUUAAGUUGUCUUGUGUACCAGAAAUCAACAAACACAUAUGCCCCAUACAACAAAGAUUGGAUAAAGGAGAAGAUUUAUAUAUUACUACGACAAGCUGCAGGACAUGAAGUAUAAUAUUUUCGAAUGUAUUAAAUACUUAUGAGCUGUGAAGCAAAGUUACUUUCAAACCUAACUAGUAUUAUAAGUGUUUAUAUGUAUGUUUGUAGUGUAUACAUUUCUGAUACCUAUCUGGAAUUCAUUUCUUUUAUGUUAUUCUGAUUUUUUGGUCAAUGUUUUUCUUCUACCUUUAACUUCUAUGUAUUUUUUCUAAAGUUACAUAUAUAACAGAACCCCAAAAAGUUAUUGACACGUUAGGGGCCAUGUAAAGCAGAUAUGAUGGAUAUGAAUUACUAUGAUCAGGCAUUGAUGAUUAUAUUGUAAAAUAACAAAAAGAAAAUGUGGUUGAAAAUAAUUCUAUGUUGUGGGUGACCCAUGACUCAAAAAUUACAAAAUUUCUUCUUAAAUAACUUUAAAACCAGUGAAGUGAGCUACAUAUUACAAAUAUCGUAUAACCAAUAUGGUCUCUUAGAAAAAAAUGUUAUAUUUUGAUAAUUCAGCAGUAAAUGUGUUUCAUAUAUUUCAAUGCUCUCUUAAAUUUAAAAAUUGUAUCUAUUUUAUCUAAACAUUAGAUUAGGCUUAAAACAUGGUUUUCUUUAGUGUAAGUUAACUUUGCUUCAGGUAUUUUUAUUAUAAUUUUGUAUUCUAUAUUUUAAGUUAUAUGUUGGUGGUUUCUACUGAAAGGUUCAAUUAUUUAAUUUAAACUGUUAAAACACAUGUAAAAUUGUUUUGCUCAGUUCAGAACACCACUAACAUAUCUUUAGGUUUAUCCAUAAUAAAAUAUGAAA